AUGAAGAUAAAGACUAUAAAGAGAAGUGCAGAUGAUUAUGUUCCGGUUAAAAGCACUCAAGAAUCCCAGCUCCCAAGGAACUUGAAUCCGGAGCUGCAUCCAUUUGAAAGAGCAAGAGAAUACACAAAAGCUCUCACAGCAACUAAGCUCGAACGUAUGUUCGCCAAACCUUUCGUUGGACAGAUGGGCCACGGUCACCAAGACGGUGUGUACGUGUUGGCCAAGCACUACAAUGAUUUGAAUAAGAUAGCUUCCGGUUCUGGUGACGGUGUCAUCAAGUACUGGGAUAUGAGUUCAAGGGAGCAAAUUGCAUCAUUCAAAGCACAUUACGGUACUAUUACCGGUCUGUGCAUUACUCCAAAAGUUAACAUAGAUUCAGCUUCUAGCGGAAAUCAAAAUUUUGUUUUGUCUAGUAGUGACGAUAAAACGGUGAAGCUUUGGUCAGUUAACCACGAAGAUUUUGCACAUGUUGAUAAUGAUCAAGUAAUCAAUACAGACAAUGGUUUAAUAAAACACUACUAUGGUGAACAUGCAUUUCAAGGUCUUGAUCACAGUAGAAUGACAUCUAAUUUUGUUACUGGUGGUCCAAGAAUUAAUUUAUGGGAUAUCAAUAGAUCGAAGCCUCUAAGUGAUCUUUCUUGGGGUGCAGAUAAUAUUAAUACUGUUAAAUUUAAUCAAAAUGAUGCAAAUGUAUUGGGUAGUGCAGGUAGUGACAAUUCCAUAGUCUUAUAUGAUCUUAGAACAAACUCUGCUACUCAAAAGAUUGUACAAACAAUGAGAGUCAAUUCCAUGUGUUGGAACCCAAUGGAAGCAUUCAAUUUCGUUGUUGCCAGUGAAGAUCAUAAUGCUUACUACUAUGACAUGAGAAAUAUGAGUCGUGCAUUGAAUGUUUUUAAGGAUCAUGUUAGUGCGGUAAUGGAUGUUGACAUAAGUCCGACUGGUGAAGAAGUUGUCACUGCAUCUUACGAUAAGACUAUAAGAAUUUUCCCAAUCAAUAAAGGUCAUUCGCGUGAAAUUUAUCAUACAAAAAGAAUGCAACAUGUAUUCCAAGCAAAGUUUUCCAUGGAUUCCAAAUAUGUUAUGAGUGGUUCCGAUGAUGGUAACGUUAGAUUAUGGAGAGCCAAGGCAUGGGAAAGAUCAAAUGUGAAGUCAACAAAGGAACUUAAUAAACUACAAUAUGAUGAGAAGCUUAAGGAAAGAUUCAAAUAUAUGCCUGAAAUUAGAAGAAUUAGUAGACAUCGUCAUGUACCUAAGGUUAUCAAAAAGGCUCAAGAAAUUAAAAAUAUUGAAAUUAGAUCUAUUAAAAGAAGAGAAGCCAAUGAGAGGAAGACAAAGAAGGACAAAACAAUUGUUCCUGAGAGAAAGAAGCAAAUUGUUGGUACAGUGUUUAAAUAUGAAGAUAAAAGGCGAAAAGAUGAUGAUGAUGAGAAUUAG